CUGAAUAGGGUUGCCAGAUAUCACUUUGUUUUGAUUGACAAUGAAGCCUUUAUUCGCUCUGCUAAUAAAUUAAACAUGAUGUCGAGCACACAAGCCAUAGAUGACCCAUCACACAAGCCACUCAUACAAAUAAUCGACCCAGUUGAUCCUGAAGAAUGUGCAACAGUUAAUGUGGAAGAAGAUGACAGUGGCAACAUUCAGAACAAGACUACUACAUCUCCCUGCCUAAUGUGUGGUUCAUCAGAUGGCAGCAUUAGUGCAUUUGCAAGGAUUGGCAUCAAUGGAGAUGACACAGAACCCCUUAUUAGUGUACUAAGUUCAAUUUUGAACAAGGCUGUGGUUGACAUUCCCCUACACACUGAAGUCGUGUGUACAAAAUGUUUUAAAAAGUUUGAAGCCAUUCUCAAAUUACAAAACAAGCUUGUGGAAAUCUGUCGAGAUGUCAUCCAUUCCUUCAACAAGGCAGUGACGAAGUUUGUGAAAACGGUCAGUUUAAAAACAGAAGACAGUUUUGCCAUACCCAUUAUAGGUGACAUCAAUGCAGAGAAAAGAGAGUGUGGUAUUGUUGGUAAAGCUCUGUCCUUGGCCAACACAAAGAAAUCAGAAAAGAAGCAGGACACUAAAAAUGAGAGAAAGUAUAAGUGUAAGGUCUGUGAUAAAUCUUUCAUAGCUUAUAGCCACAGAGUGGAACACAUGCUUACUCACACAAAAGAAAAAGAAUUUAAAUGUGAAAUCUGUGGCAUUCAUAUGAGUACCAGAUCCAACCUUACUAGACAUAAACAACAACACACUAAAGAAUGUAUUUGUAGCAUAUGCAAUAGGAAACUGUGUAGUAAAACUUCACUGAAAGACCAUAUGAAAAUCCAUAAUAAUGACAAGCCACAUCAUUGUCAGUAUUGUGGGAAAAGUUUUACCAGGUUUCAACAUAGGCGUGUACAUGAGAAACUACACAAAGUUGAAGAAUUGGGUGCUUUUCAGUGCAAUGUUUGUGAGAAACGUUUUGUGGUACGGUCCAGGUUGGCCAGGCACAUGUUAAUUCAUAAUAAAGAGAAACAGUUUGUAUGUCAAUUGUGCAAUAAAAGAUUUGCAAGGAAAGAUGACCUGAAAAAUCAUGAACGUAGUCAUACUGGUGAAAGGCCCUACAUUUGUAAAGAGUGUGGCAAAACCUUCAGAUAUAUAUCCAACUGUAGACACCAUAUGAAGAUACACAUGAAGGAAUCUAAUGGUCAUAGAUGCACUCACUGUAAUAUGUCUUUCCCAUCAGAAGCAAAAUACGAAUAUCAUCUAAAAACUCGCAACCACAAAAAGAAGGUGUCAGAAUCAGAAUUUGGCUCAACAGACUACAUGCACUGUAAUACUUGCAACACCACCUUUAUUUCUACAGAUUUUAUGAAACACAAGGCAACAUGUUCAGUAAAGACCCUGAAACAAGAAACAUCUGAAGAACAGCUGUAUUGUAGAAUAUGCUGCCUGACGUUCGAUCACCUUGAAAAGCUAACAGAACAUUCUCUCCACGCUCACCACAUGGAGGGGAAUGCUCUCUCACAGGUUAAUGAUACUGGUAUUAUUAUUUCUCCAGUAGAUGGAGGGGAAGAGUUAGUGAGUCUAACACCUCUGACUGUGACAGAAGGUGUCAACAUGGUUGUGGCAGUAGACCCAAGCAAUAGAACGUUGGAGAUUCCUGUGGUCCAAGCAGAGUCUGGUGCAACAUCUCUCCUGCCCACUUCAACCCUUAUAAGUGAAACCAGCACAGUUCUUACUGAGUGUUUAGGAAAUGGGACUACAAAUCUUGUAUCAAAUGCAGGGGUAACAAGUGGAGAACUAACAGAGAUUGCAAGUGAAUCUGGAAUAGUAAGUGGUGAAGUAGUUGGUCAAGCUACAAUUGAGCAUACUAUUAAUGCCGAUGAUACAGUCACCAUUUUAAACCCUAGUACAAUUUUCAAGAUCAGUGACUGGGGUAUACAUUAGCUUAUAUUAAGAUGAAGACAAUAGGAUUUUCAGGUUAAAUGAUAAUCCACAAAAUAUGGCUACCAUUAGAGCUCAAUCUGGAAUUCGUAAGGAUUUGGCCUUUGCACCAGUUUAGUGAAUUCUGUAUUCUCCUUAUUGUUUGAUAUAUGAUAUUCAUUCAUUUUUCAUAAUUUUCCUAGUCUACAUUUACUUUGCUUGGCACAUCUGCAUAGGUACUCCAAUAUUGUGAUUUUUCUAUACUUAUAAUGUAAUUUCUUAUAUAUAGCUAUUCAAAUGAAACCAAAGCUUUAUCUAUGGAAAUGAAGUUUAUUGAGUUCAACAUUUUCUAAAAUUUUGAUUCUCUUUCCUACCUGGUACAAAAUUGUUUUGUAGAACCUCUCCCAGCCUACAUAUUGUUUUGAAAUCACCUUUUCCAGAUAAUGAAUCUAUGUUACCCUACUGCUCUUAGUUAAACCUUGCAGAAAAUCUCGUGAAACAAUCAGUUUAUAAAGAUUUGCAAUUACUAUGCUGUGCCAUCUUGAAAAUAGUGCAUGCUUAACCCGAAUAUAUCAGGAGGGCAUGUAUACAUGACCUGUCCACUUUUAUUUUAGUUUGGUUUAUUUUUUUAUCACAUAUUCACCUUCAGAAGUGCUUAGUCGUCAUUGAGUCAGUUACUAGGACAACCGAAUCUCAUCUGUUGAACCCAUUCCUGGAAAUUUUUGGAAAGAAAACUCUUUAUAUUUGCUAUUUUUGUUAUUUGUAAUAGUGUUAUGAUAACAGUAGUGUUCAUAAUAGUGAAAUUAAUAAUGAAACAAUGGUAGUAAAAAUAAAAACAUUGUUUCAGAAAAUUCAUGGAAUGGGAUGAACAGGUGAAGUCAGGUAUGACUAGUACUGGACUCCUUGGAAAAUCAUUUUUGUUUAAACAAAAAUAAUGAAACAAACCUAUAGUGGACACUGCAUAUACCUAGUACCAGUAGGCUAAACAAGUGACUCCAUCCUACCCCCAUGUUUGUAAAUAUGUGAUUUUUCAGGAUGUCUUGUCUCUCCCUUCUUAAUGAAAAUGCAAAGUGAUCCAGUGUAAUUUUUACUGCAACUCAGGGUGAUCAAAAGUUUUCAAAAUAGCAGGCUACCUAGGUCCAAGGGGGGGCCAGGAAACUGAAAAAUGCAACCCCUCGGAUGCAUUUUCUGUGCAUCUGAAAACAGUAUUUUUGAAUGAUGCGUAAAAGUAAAAGUACCCGGCGAUUGAAAGGCCGACAGAUGGCGAAUUUUCGAUGGGUGCCUGCUACUUUUGAUCACCUUGCAACUUUGUUACCACAUAGUUUUCCUUUUGAUGAUACUCAUUUGCUAGGUUUUUAAUAUUCUGAUAUUUUAUUGUGUUUUUUUCACUUAUCAAAGCAUAGUAACAUGCAACUAAAUUUAGGCAUUUUAUUUUAUUCUGUUGCAAUAGAUGUUCAUAUAUUCUUUAUAAAUCCAAAACUUUCAUGUUACUCGAUUUUUGUUUUAGUGUUACUUUAUGUUAAAUGUUUUAAAGACCAUUUAGAUAUUUUCAUUAGUAUUCUCCUUUGGCAGCUUAAAAGGCUAAGUCAUGAUUCUUGAUGUGCAGCUAUUCUGUAGGUACAUUAAAGGAUUUACUCUUUUCCCUAUUGAGUAACGCUCAAGAACAUAUAUCAAGCAUUUUUAUUUUUGCUAGGAUUAAACUAGUGAUAAGGACCAAGUUCUCUUUUUGGGGAUGUUAUUUUUUUGGGCUGAAUUCAAAUCCUCAGGUUUUUACAUACAUUGUGUAGUUAUCAGACAUUGAUGCCAAAAGUUCAUUUACUUACAAAAAUUGAUAGUAAAAGGAACUACUGAAGAAGGCAUUUUAAAGUUUUUUAGCUUUAUUUAUCAUGUUGGAAUGCAGGUCUUGAUAAAGUUUUGAAACAACAGUCAAGCAUUUUGCAUGUUAUAUUAUGAGGUGUUAUAUUAUAUCCUUUCAAGUGGUUAUACCCUACACCUUUUAAGGGGAAAGUACACAUAAAUGAUCCAUUUCAGUAGCUAUUCUCCAUAAGUCAAAGGAUGGUGUGUCAAAUAUUUCAAUGAUGCAGAAUAUUAUAAUACACCUUUUCCACCAGUUUAAUUGAAAUUUGUGGAUUUUUUAUCCCAAAAAUGGAUUGUGAUUGUGUAAUUCUUCCUUAACUCAAAAAAGGUAAAUAGGAGUGUGUGAAUGCAUGUGUAGGUUCAUAUAUUUAUCUAUUUAUUUGAUUUCAGGUUUAUUUGAGUGAAAGGUGAUAUAAUUCUAAGUGGAAACUGUAUGUUUAAUCUGUUAUGUGCCUUAGCUUGUCAGUAAGACAGCACCUCUUGACCAGUGGGAUGUAAUUUCUAAGGAUCUGAUACUCAGAAUAAAUGUGAGGAAUUUAUCACUCAGAAAGUGUAAGGA